AAGACUCAACCCAUCAAACACAUCUGCAAUCAGUCUGUCUCUCAAUCACAAACACAGACACAUUUAUUUAAAGGGGCCUUCUUCUGCGUUUUGGGGUUGUCCCUUUCCUGUAGUGUUCUAUAGGUUUUUGUGUAUGUAAAUGGUCUACAAAGUGUUAAAUGUGCUAUAUAAAUAAAUAAAUAAAUAAAGAUUGCAAAGGCUAAAACCCCAGAGGGAGUUUCUCUCCACUCCCCAAUCUGGUAUCUUGGUUGACUUUUUUAAGAGCUUGUUUCUAGAAAGCAACACCACAGAAAGGCACCAUUCAAAUUCAGUUUGUACUCAAGCUAUUUGCAUGUUUUCAAUAUAAGAAAUUGAUUGAUUAAUCUCCAGAUUACUUGAAAGUGUAAAAACAUUGCUUUUGUCUUUUUCUUGAAAACAUCAAGUCAGGAGGAACAUCUUAUUCACGAUGAUGUAACAUGUUUUAUGAAAAUUAGGCAAAAGGAGAUCAGGCCUCAAUAUUCAGUCAUGUAGUCAACAUGUAUAUUUUCUACUUUCUUGUUUAUUUCUAGUCUUUUCAUUUGUAUUGUAUUUUUAUGCUGCUGCUACGCAAACCUUUCCCAAUUCGGGAUCAAUAAAGUAUCUCUUAUCUUAUUUUGGUGACUAAACAUACGUUUUUGGGGCCUAGAAAUCCAUUGGAGAUCCAAAUUGCAGUUAAUAUGAUUAUAUCAUUGGGAAAUCCAAUAUGUUGGAUGUGUGACUCUUUUAAAACUCUGUGAAAGGACCGCACGUUUCAAGUUCCAGUUGAAACUAUUUGGGAAAUAUCAACAUGACGUGAGAAAAGGAGAUUAAAAAGAUGCCAUCUCCACCUCGAAGCAGAAGUCUACUGAACCGUCACAUCAGAGAGACGCUCUCAUCAGGACUGCAGCAGGACUUUGUUCAGGACGAAAGGAAAAAUAAUCGAGGAUAUGGAGGAAAUCACAGAAGAAGCUGACUAUGUGAAUGCACCAGAAGGCCCUGUGGAUAAAAAGGCAAUGCGUCCAGAGGACACCAAAAAAGAAUCUGCACCAGAAGGCACCGUGGAUACAAAGGCAUCCCCUCCAGGCUUGAGGUUUUUUCUUCCAAUAGCAGUGUGUUGGCUCAUACUGUUAGCCAUCAUGGGUCUCCGUAUCUACUUGACCUCUGAACUUUCUGAAGACAACGCCAAGCAGACUGCAGAAAUCCUGAACCUGACAUCAAGAAUCCAGGAGCUGGAGACAUGGAAGAAUCUCACGGUCCAGUAUGACAACCUGAUACAAGCCUUUACUGUCUUAGAAAGCAACGUGAAAGACCUGAACAAACUAAACCACCAGCUGGAGACCAAGAAGAAGAACUUGACACAGCAAAUACAAAACAUGGAGACAACCUCGAAUGAGCUCAAUGUCAGUCAAGCUCAGUGGAGCAUCGAUUCCUACUGCUUAGGAAAUACCGAUAAAAAGUGUCAACCUUGUCAGUUUGGCUGGUUUCACAUUCAGCCCAGCUGCAAUGCGAUCAAUGACCCUCCUUCUCCUGGUUGGAAAACCUGGGAAGAAGCUCGAGAAGACUGCAAAGGAAAGAAUUCAGAUUUGGCUGUUGCACAUACUCCUGCUGAAAAGAACGUCAUCAUCGGUAAAUACAGCCCAUUGAGUUCAGGAACUAACGGAUACUGGAUUGGUCUGAGAGUUGAAGAUGGGAAAUGGAAGUGGGUGGAUGGAAGUGAUCUGACUGAUAGCUCCUUUAAUGCAGAUCCUGUUGACGGUCACUGUGCAAUCUCUGUCCUGAGGGAAAACAACUGGGUAUCAGUGAGCUGUGGUGACCACAAACAAUGGAUCUGCCAGAAGAAGGCUCUAUCUCUCUCUGUUUGCACAGCGCAGUCAAUCAAAGAAGGUUACUGCUAACUCUUUGAAUUAAGAAAAUGAAAUAGAUUUACAGGCCUAUAAAUGUCAAACUAUGGAUUAUCCUACUUUAAAAAUAAAAACAAAUUCCAUAAAUGUGCAGAGAUGUUCCCUUAUCGAACAAAAAAGGAAAAAAAAACAGUAAUUGCAAAAACGUUUAAUAAACUCAAUACAAACAAUAAGACACAAAAGUUAACUCAUAUAUAAUAUGGAUUAUUUUGACAUCAAUAUACUUUUAGUUUCACUUAAAGGGGACCUAUCAUGCAAAAUGCACUUUUGUACGUCUUUUAUACAUGAAUAUGUGUCCCCGGUGUUCCAGGGAACUCACCAAGUGUCA